UUGUACCCAGACCUGCGUCCAGUGCUGCUGCUGCUGCUGCUGGUUCUUGCUGGUUUCCCACCGCCUGUGGGCCUGUUGUCAGGGGCCGCGCCGUCGGGGGCGCGCCGGCUGCCAUGGCAACGGCGGGGUCUGGGGCCUAGGCCGCUUCUCCUCUCUCUCUCUCUGGGCUCCUCCAGGCUGGAUGGAGGGCGGGCAGAGGGGGUCCGAACUGUUCCAGGCUCGGGACCAGGACACGCGAGCCAGAACCGCCAGACCAAAGAGACGUCUAUCACCGAGUUGCUGGUCUUCAAGCAGCCACCUUUGCCCAGAGUGUGGAUUUGUGAAGGGGUCUGGAGAAGGAUAGAAGGGUCCUUGUCACAGUUCAUCCAGAACUGCUCCGGAAAAGAAGACUCUCUGAUCUACGGGCUGUUCCCCAGGAUACACUUGGAGCCGUACAUCAAAUGCUGCCAGAUGACUGUCAAACUCGGUGAAAGAAGCUCUUUGGUCUGCCUGAAACCUGUUGGUCGCCUAUCACAGUGAGAUGAACAGUCAAACCAAGUAUAUUCAGAGCACUGUUUCAAAUGUGGAAAAACACUUUGGUGACUUGUGCAGCUUGUUUGCAGCUUGUACACGAAAAACUGCAAGACUACGUGAUAAAUCUGACCUCCUCCUAGUUAAAGCAGUCCGAGAGUAUGCUGACACAGAAACUCCUCAUCUCAAAUAUGGUCUCAGUAGCUUUGCCGAUCACUUUGCUUUAAUUCAGGAUUAUCGACAUGCAGAGGUUGAAAGACUAGAAGCUAAAGUUGUAAAACCUUUGAAGAAAUAUGGAUCCAUUACCAAGUUGAAAAAGGAAGACCUCAGGGUUGCUACAGAUGCCAUAAAACGUGAGACAAAGCAACUGGUCCAGGUUGAGAAGCUGCGUCUGAGGAAUCCUUCUGAUCGACAGAUUGUUGUAUCCUUAAUAUAUCGUGGUCUUAUUUAUUUAUUUACAGAUCACAGCAAUGAAGGAGGAAAGUCUAUCCUAGCGUGGAUCUCACAGGGAGCCAAUGAAGGGAGGGAGAAUACUGGGGCAGAGAAUGAAUUGCACAGAGUCUCAAUGGAUGCAACUCGGGUUUCCCGGCAGCUGGAAGAAACUAUUGAUGAUUUUCAACAAGACAAAAUUAAGGAUCUUAAGAAGAUUUUUGGUGAUUUUAUUACAAUUGAAAUGUCAUUCCUUGCAAAAGCUCUGGAGGUUUACAGCAAUGUCUAUCAGCAUGUGCAGAAUAUUGAUGAAGAGGCAGAUAUGGAGAUUUUCAGGAAUACACUUCAUUUGCAAGACAAUCAAGCUCGCCUUAGCAUCGUGUCGGCCAAUUCUGCAAGCGUUAUAAACGGAACAAAUUCAACUCUAAUGUCAGGAACUUCAAAGCCACAAGUAUGUAAGAAAACCCAGGAGGAUGACGACGAGGAUGAUGAAGAUAAUGAUGAAGAUGAUGAAGACGAUGAUGAUGAUGGUGAUGAUGAUGAUGAUAAUGGUGAUGAUGAUGAGGAGGACGACGAAGAAGAGGAAGAGGAAGUAAAAACAAAAUGAGGAAGGAGCCAAUACUGCAUUUUUUUUUUUGUUUUAAACAAAGAGUUAUUUCUGUCUCUGGUGCACUUGUUAUAUUAUAAUUGAUGGAAGAUUGUCCAGCAAUUUCAGAAUUGCUCUCAAAUAUUACACUGCCAAAUAUUGUAUUCAUUUUUCGAUGCCAAAACAUUACUUGUAAACAGUUUAGUUACAAAUCAUUAAAGAGUUAUAGGAACAA